AUGCCGGAGAUACUCUUUGCUGUUACUGUUUCAGCAACUUUGAAUUUUGUAGGACUCAUUGUGAAUCUGUUUAUCGCAGUCGUCAAUUGCCAGACUUGGGUCAAAAUCCACCGAAUCUCUCCUUCUGAUAAGAUCAUGUUCAGCUUGGCCAUCACCAGAUGUCUUACGUUGGCUCUUUCUGUCCUGGCCAUCAUCUGCCACUUCACCUUUCCACAUGUCAGGCCAGUCAACCUGUUUGCGGUCCUGCUGUGCUGGGUGUUUUUGGACUCCAGCAGUCUCUGGUUUGUAACCAUGCUCAAUGUUCUGUACUGUGUGAAGAUUACCAACUUGCAGUACUCAGUUUUUCUCCUGUUGAAACAAAAUCUCUCCUCAAGGACCCCGAGGCUGCUGCUGGCCUGUGUGCUGAUUUCCACCUUCACCACCCUUCUGUAUGCUGUGCUCAGGUGGACGCUACAGUUUCCUGAAUUCGCGACCGGGAGGAAUGGCACAGAAUUCAGUGGCCAUGAGCACAUCUUGUCUUUGGUGAUCUCUUUGUUCUUGAGCUCAUUUCUUCAGUUCAUCAUUAAUGUGACUUCUGCUUCCUUGUUAAUAAACUCCUUGAGGAGGCACAUACAGACGAUGCAGAGAAACUCCAGUGGCUUUUGGAAUCCCCAGACUGAAGCUCACGUGGGUGCCAUGAAGCUGAUGGUCUGUUCCCUCCUCCUGUACAUCCCCUACUCCAUGGCUGCCCUGUCCCUCCACCUCCCAUCUUCUGCAGGGAUGGAUCUGGGAACCAGAUUUGUGUGUAUGGUUCUGUCCGCUAUUUACCACCCAGGACAUUCUGUUCUCAUCAUAGUCACGCAUCCUAAACUGAAAACGAAAGCAAAGAAGAUUCUGUGUUUCAACAAAUGGUGGACUAUCAGUAGGGAAUAG